GGCUAUAGUUGUCAACAAAGCGAGAAAUCGUCUUUCACCAAAAACAAAGCUAUCACAUACCCCUCAAUUUCGACUAUUCACUCUUCCUCUUCCGCGCUCUAGGCUCCACUCUCCAAUGUUCAGAUUUUGAUCUUUUUCAACAAACGCCCUGAAAAUGCGCUCUUCUGCUACUUCACCUUCUUCUUCUUCUCUCUUCCUUCGCACUGUGUCCACUCCCCCCCUUCUUCGAUGCCGUAAUCUCUCCUUCUUCUCUUCUCCUUGCUCAUUUUUCAGAUCCAACAAACCUAGAAUUCUCCGUCUCUCUGCUUCCCUUGCCCAAAAGGAUCUCCACUUCUCUUGGUUCUCUCCUGGCCCAUCCUCCAACGAUGACGGCUUUAACGGUUGGGCUAUUGUUGAAGCUCCUCCUCGUAGAUAUGAGAAGAAAGGCUUUUCUACAAUUCUGAUUGGUGGUGGGACUUGCGUGGCUGCUCUGUUCGCUGCCAUUGCCUACUUCUCGUUAUCUAGACAAGGGUUUAAGUUGCAUUUUCAUUAUCCCUUGCCCUCUUUGCGUGGGACGAUAAGUCCAAUUGAUAACAAAGAGGAUAAAUUUGUAGCUAAGGACUUGAUUGUUGGCGAUUCUGAUGAAAAUGCAGUUGUGUCUGAGGGAAAGUCAGGAUUUAUGCCUGAAGAAAAUGGGGAAACUAUAACUUCAGUGUCUGAACAGAGGCUUCAACGAGUUAAAUUAUCAGUUCCAGUAGAUUCUUGUCAGCUUGAAGCUCUAUCAGUUCUGAAGAAACUUAAGAUCAUUGAAGAUGAUGUGAGGGCUGAGGACCUGUGCACUAGAAGGGAAUAUGCAAGAUGGUUGGUCCGUCUAAAUUCAUUAUUGGAAAGGAAUCCAAAGCAUAGAAUUGUUCCACCUAUGCUAUUUUCUGGUUCUGUAGUUGCUGCAUUUGAUGAUGUGGGUGUUGAACAUUCUGAUUUUGAUUCCAUCCAAGCUCUUGCAGAAGCUGGCAUCAUACCUAGCAAGAUUCUGGGGACUGAUUGCUGUUCUGAGAGUUCAAAUGGCGAUGUAAGCUUCUGCUUUUACCCUGAGAGGUUUAUUUCUCGGCAGGAUUUAAUCAACUGGAAAGCUCAGUUGGAGUAUAGGUUCACACCAGGAAUUACAGAACAGAUGUCAAGAAUGAAAGUAGAUUAUAUGGAUGUGAAGGAGAUCAGUCCAGAUGCAUCACCUGAACUCCUUGCCGAUGUGUUGGCUGGAGACAAGAGCAUAAUCAGAAAAGUUUUUGGACAGAGUAGGCGGUUUCAACCUAAUAAACCUUUGACAAAAGCCCAAGCAGCAGUGGCAUUGACAAGUGGCAGGAUGACAGAAGCAAUUUAUGAUGAAAUAUUAAGAUUGGAAGCUGAGCAUUCUUCAAGACAAGUUGCAAUAGAGGAAAUAAGGUCUGAGUUGCUUGACAAAGGAGAUAUAGUGAGAUUUUGGAAUGAGAAGAUGAAUGAAGAAAGAACCCGUGGAUUUGAGGUUCAGAAACUUUAUAUUGCUGCAUUACAAGACCUGGAAUAUGAGAAAACUGUUCAGGAGAAAGCUUUGGCUGAGCAUUUGAAGGAGAAGGCAGCCAUGGAGUGUCAGAGGCAACUGCUUCUUGGUCUGAAGGAAGAGGUUGAUGAGAUGUCAGGAAGGCUUAAAUCUGAGAGGUCUAUGUAUGUAGCUGAACAGUGUAGUCUACAAGAAUUGCUAAGUGAAUUACAGAUCAAGCAGGAAGAGAUUGUUGAUAAAAAAUCAGUACUGGAAGCUGAAAUAGAAGCUCUUCGAAUUCUAAGAUCUUGGGUGGAGGAUGAAGCUAGGAAAAGCCAAGCUCGCGCAAAAGUUCUUGAGGAGGUAGGACAAAGGUGGAAGUGGGACAACCAAGGUUGAAAAGAAUAAUUCCCUAGUGAAGAUUCAGAUAAUUACCUGAAAUUUUUCUUGGAGGGCUAUAUAAGAAACCUUGAAUGAUAAUAUGCUAUGGGUGGGUGAUUUUAGUCUUUUGCAAUUGUUUAUCAUGCUGUUGUUAGUUCUGGAUUAAUGAAGUCUGCAAGAGAAAUGAUGGAGGCUUACACCAGUUAGGGCUGAAGUAGUAGGUGUACUACUGCUUUCAGUAUGAUGGAUUCCAUUGCGGGUUUCUUUCCAGUGGCUUCAAUGAUUUUGUACAUGCAAUUGCAUUGAGCUCACUGAAAGGUAUAUGCAAUAUUGCAAUGUGUUCAUGAAUGAAUGGGAACUGCAAGCUGUUCUCAUUCAAUUUCAAUUGCUUAAGGCCCUUCGCUGAUGGUGUACUUGCGACUGACAGCAGUCCCGUCGUUGUCGCUUCAAUGAAUGAAUUGAAGUUCAAUGAAUGAAUUGAAGAGCACAUCCAGUAUUGCCAUGUGCUUUUGAAUGAAGAAUGAAUGCAAAUUCCAAAAAAAGGAAAACAAAAGAACAUGGAUUGAAUUAAGUUUUUGUGAGAGUUAAUGGAUUUUUUUUCCUUGCGGUUUUA